AUGAAUAAUCCAUUCGAUUCCCAAGGAGAUCAAAAAAUUACGUUACAACCAAUGGACGAUAUUAAUUUUAGAUCAAACAGUAGUUCAAGUUUUAGUGAAAAUAAUAUUCAGAAUAACAAUAACAACAACAACCCGCUGGUUAAUGCAAAUAAUAUUAGAAAUAAUAUUAGUAUAAAUAAUUUAAUUAAUCAUAAUGAAGAUAGAACAGAUAAUAAUAAUAAUAAUAAUAAUAAUAAUAAUAAUAAUAAUAAUAAUAAUAAUAAUAAUAAUAAUAAUAAUAAUAAUAAUAAUAAUAAUAAUAAUAAUAUAAUUAACAAUGAUGAAAAUAAUAAUAACACUACAACCACACAAACUACUACAACAACUACAACAACAACAACUAAUUCAGCAACGAAUAAUAAUGUUAAUAAAAAUAAUAAUGGAAAUAGGGGAACUUAUUUUCCAAUUAAUACAAGAAACAUUUUAAAUAGAAAUAAAAAGAAUUUAAAUGCAAAUGGAUUAAUUUUUGGUAGGCAAAAAAUUUUAAAAGCAAAUAUAACACCACCACCAACUAAUAAUACUGAAGAUGAUAUUAUUAAUACUUUACAAAAUGGAAUAAAUACUAGUAAUGAACCAUCAUCAUCAUCAUCUUCAUCAUCUUCUUCAUCUUCUUCUUCUUCCUCACCAUCUAAUAUUAGUAAUGAACCACAAUCUUCUUCUUCUUCAACAACAACAGCAGUACAUGUCAACAAUCAUCAUGUUCAACGUUUUAAAAAGUCAAAGUAUCACUUGAGUGGUUUAACCAAAGGAUUUAUGAGAAGUGGUGGUAAUUCAUAUAAUGGUAGCUUUGAAAAUAAUUUAGGUAAUAUUACUGGUAUUACUGGCGGUAUUAUUGGUUCACUACCAGGUAGAUUAUCAAUGAAAGAGAGUAAACAUAGGCUAAAUGAUUUUUAUGGUGGAAGUGGUAGUGGUAGUGGCAGUGGUAGUGAUAGUGAUAGUGGUACUGAUAGAUAUUCCAAAUUUCUAAAUAGUUUUUAUGAAGAUUUUGAUGAAGAUAAUGAAGAUGAAAACGAUGACUUAUUUAACCAUGUUUCAUCCUCAUCAUCUCAUAAAAAACCAAAUAAAAACAACAACAAUAAUAAUAAAUCAAAGAAAAAUAAUAUAACUACGCCACAAUCAUCAGCAUCUUCAUCAUCAUCUUCAUCAAAUUCAACAAACUCAAAUAAUAAUGAUAACAACAACAACAACAACAACAACAACAACAACAACAACAACAACAACAACAACAACAACAAUAAUAAUAAUAAUAAUAAUAAUAAUAAUAAUAAUAAUAAUAAUAAUAAUAAUAAUAAUAAUAAUAAUAAUAAUGUAGUGAAUAGAUCAAAAGAUAUUAAUAUUUAUGAAUCAUAUUCAAAUAAUAAUGUAGUUUAUAAUGGUGGUAAUAGUUAUAAUAGAUUUUAUUAUAAUAAUAAAAAUCAAGAACAUAAUGAUAUAAACUAUAAGAAUUGUGUAAAUAAUAAUAUUGGUAGUGUUCCAAGGGAAGUUUGGAUACAUAUUCUAAGCUUUUUAAAUGAAAGAGAUUUAUUAAAUAUUUCAAUGGUUGAUUCAUUCUUAAAUGAAAUUAGUCAAGAUAAUACAUUAUGGAAACCACUUUAUAUAAAGAAAUGGAAUGUAAUAACUUUACCUCAUAAAAAAAGAAUUUCAAUUGAUAAAAGUCAAAAUCAAAUUAAAAAUUCAAUUUCUUUUAAUGAUUUUACAAACUAUUACCAAGAUGAUAAAAAUGAAUUAUUUAAUAAUAAUAAUAAUGAAAAUGAUACAACAAGUACAAGUACAAUAAAUAAUAAAGCAACAACUACAACUACUACAACAUCAACAACAACAACAACAACAACAAUGGAUGAUAUUAAUUUAAAUAAUAAUUUAAAUAACUUUGUACAUAAAAUAUUUAAACCAAAAUUAAAUAUUUAUCAAAUUAAUAAUGAAUCUAAUGAAUCUUUUAUGAAGAAUUUACCAAUUUGGAAAUCAUUAUAUAGAGAGAGGAAAUUGAUUGUAAAGGAUGGUGGUAUGGAAGAGUUUUAUCAUCUAUUGGAGACACUGAUUGCCUAUCCAUUGGAAUUCAAUGCUAAAGCUGUGAUGACAAUGUAUACAAUCGUAUUCCAAUUAUGUAUUGUCAAUUAUCGUAUGAUGAAUUAUAUGAUACCACCAAUGGAUUUAUAUAGAAUGAUAGUUGAAUGUUGUCAUAAUCAUCUAAUGAAAAUUUUGAAUGAAUCAGUUGUAUUUGAUGAUGGUCCACAAUUAAUUCAAUAUUAUUUACAUCAUUGGAAUAAUUAUAUUCAUUCAAUUAAACGUGUAACUAUAGUUUUCAGUUAUUUUCAUCGUGAUUGGGUUUCAAAACAAUCUGAUGAUGUUUUAUCAAGAUCUUCAAUCAUACCUUAUAAUAUUAAAGGUUAUUCAUAUUGGUGGUCAAAAAUGUUAAGUGGUGAUCCUCCAACAGUAUCAUCAACACUAGCAGCACUAACAUCAGCAACAAUUCAACAAAAUAAUCAAAAUAAUCAAAAUAAUCAAAAUAAUAAUAAUAAUAAUAAUAAUAAUCAAAAUAAUAAUAAUAAUAAUAAUAAUAAUAAUAAUAAUAAUAAUAAUAAUAAUAAUAAUAAUAAUAAUCAAAAUAAUAUACCAGUACCACCUCCACCACCACCAACUUCAAAUGAUCCAGCUAAUAUUGUACAUUUAACACCAAUGAUGGCAAGAGGAUGGUUUUCAGUUUUAUUCUCACAAUUGGAAUUAGAUAAAAAUGAUAAUUUAAAUUUCUUUAUUCAACCACCUCAAUCACCAAAAUUAAAACCACAACCAUUGCCAUUUAAUAUUCGUAGUAAUACAAUAUCAUCAAAUAAUGGUAGUAAUGUACCAACCACUGUUACUACAACUGCAACUUCAACUCCUAUACCAAUUAUUAUUGACAUACCAAUGCAUGAAAUUAGUCCAAUUUCUUCCUCUUCUUCUUCUUCUUCUACUCCUUCUACUUCAUCAUCAUCAAAAAGUAAUAAUAAUUAUAAUUAUGGUUAUAAAAAACCAAAUGAAUCACAAAUUAAUAGAAUUUUGAAAUCUUUAGAUAAAUGUUGUGAAACUGGUGAAUUUUAUUUAAUUAGUGGUUUAUUAGUAUCAAUUUUACAAUUACAAGAUUUUUUAUUAUCAAUUGGUAUUGAUGAAGCUUCAACAAAUUAUCCAUAUAAUCAAAAUCACCAUAAUCAUGGUGGUGGUAAUGGGAAUGGUGGAGGAGGAGGUACAAAUGUUAAUGGUUCCAAUAAUAGUGGUAAUCAAAAUUCUUCACAAAAUUCAAUUUAUUAUCCAAUUUAUAGUAUUUUAAAAUCAUUUAAUCCAAAUAAACAACAAUGUAAUAGGGAAUUAAUUGAUAAAAUUCAAACAUAUGAGAGUAUGAAUGGUAUUGAAUUUUCAAGUAAUAAUUCAAAUGUUGGUGGUGGUGGAUAUCAACAAGCUCAUCAAUUUGUACCAGAAUUUAAUUUAAGAAGAUCAACAAUGGAAUCUUCAAUUCGUAUAUUUAAUUAUCAUAAUCAUAAUCAACAGAAUAAUGCAUUCACUCAAACAAAUCAUUAUGUAUCUGUACCAAAUUUAUCACCAAGCAAUAGUACCUUUAAUUUAAAGAAUGAAUGUCAAUUUUGUAAUGUUUUCGCUGUUAAUCCACCAACUUUUGGUGAUGAAAAAUUGAAUAGAGUUGUAAAGAAAUGUUUUUCACUUUUACUUUUAAUUCAUAAAGAUAAAUCAAAUAAAAUUUUAAAACAACAAUUUUAA